AUGACGGCCUCCGAGCUGGUAACAUCUUUACUCGCCGACUCGCUGGAAACGUUCAAACAACGCGGAGAGCAAGCUCUGAACGAAGCACGAACGCGUCUCGAAUGGUCUUGGGGCCUCGAAUAUCGAGGGUUGGAUGAACACCUAGAACAAUAUCCAAGCUACAUCGAACUUUUGACGGACGAGCGCGUCAUUGUCAUUCCCCAUAUCACAGACCUCCGGCGCCUCUCAUACCGGAAUAAUCGAAAACGAAUAUUAGCUCGCCCAAAGCCUAUAUCUGAGAUACGUUCCCAGACCUUUGCCUACUUCGUGCUUGCUAUGGACCCCCAUAGCAAUGUUCCACCUCGUCGAGUCGAUUUGGAUACACCUCCUCAUAUCGUAUUGAUUCGAGCUGCUGCAAGGCUUAUACGCGCUUAUGGUGGAAGGCCUAGAGGCAAUGAUUCAAUCGGGCUGGAGUUGAUUGAACGGACGCGUUUGGCAACCCACGAGGAUCCCUUUUAUUUUGGAACUGCCCAACUCGGUAUCCUUCGAGACUUAUACUCAUCGUGGACACGGAUGAGCUACGUUUCGCCCUCCUUCAAGUCAGGCCUAUCAGACUACCAAACGCUGGUUGACGACGCUCCCAUAUUACCCUCUCCGAAGCGGCAUCAGGCAUAUCCCAUUGAACAUCACCCGGAGCCUCAACGACGAGUCACUGCGAGCGAACUCCAGCAGGCCUUCAAUCCACCUGUUGAACAACUCGACGACAUGGAAGACUCCGGUUCAGAUACCGAGGAUGAAUCUAAUCCUGGAUGGGCCAAUGAUCUCCAACAGUGGGCUCAGGUAGUAUUGCGAGCGGCAGAGCAUGACGAGAAGGUUCUCAUCAACCACAUUGUACCCGAUUUGCGAGAAGGAUCGAGGACACUCACGAGCGUUCAUUUGCCCACGCCGGACUAUCUUAUGCGCAAUAGGCGUCAUUCUGUCGGUCCUUAG